CGACAGUUAUUAAUAUACAACUUCUCACUUUUUGGGUUUUUGUUUUUCUUUCCAGAGUUUCAAUUAUUUUUGUAAGAAAAUCUGCAGAACAUAAAAUUAAAGACGAACAUUUUCCACGUACACAGUAUUCGUGUCGCGUAUGGACUUAAAUCUACAUAUAUACUGCCUCGUAAACCCAGAACCCAAGCCUACCAAAAAGUUAGUAGGGGUAUUAAUGUAACUUUCCGAAAAGGAUUAUAAGCCACAGUCAUUUUCGAGGAAACUUAAAUGCUUAUGGAAAGACAUAAAGAACAUUAAAAAUAAAUAAAAUAAACAUUUGUUCCCUUCCACUGUCUUGUCUAUAGAGUAAAGAGAGUAAAGAGAGGGAGACGACGUUACAGUACUCUCUCUCACACGAUCACGUUCACCGGUAAAAACAUCAGAACUCCGGUAAGACAACAGCAACAACAAAACCUUUUAAAAUGGAAGAUUCUAGAGCUUUUCCUUUAGACCCUCGAGCUCAAGAGUUUGUACCACUAAACCCUAUCUCCUCCCAUUUUUACUUUCCCUACACUUCGCCGCCGCGGCCGCCACCUUUUCCCACGCUUCCUCCGUCGUCGUACGGAUUAUCUCCGACGGUACCAAGAGUUUUCACGUUCUUUAACCUCCCACCACAUCCGAUGAUGUUUUCUCCUCCUCCUCCACCACCACCACCACCACCACCACCGCGUCCGUAUUUUAACGGUGUCUCAGCCGUUCAACGGCUUCCUUUCCAGUCGAAGUCGCCGACGCGAUCUCUUUCUCUGAUCUCCGUACCGCGUGACGUCACGGAGUCUACCGUGAGACGCGACUUAGAGGUGUUCGGCGACGUGCGUGGCGUGCAAAUGGAGAGAAUCUCGGAAGGAAUCGUGACCGUCCAUUUCUACGAUCUUCGUGACGCUAAAAAAGCUGUUCGAGAGAUUUGUGGUAGACACAUGCAGCACCAAGCCAAGGUUGGUGGCAGUGGUAGCGUUUGGAGCUUGCCAUCUUCUUCUUCACCGGUGCGUGGGUUUGUUUCCGGUAGACCCGUGUGGGCUCAGUUUGUAGUUCCGGCUACGAGUGCGGUUCCUAACGGUUGCAACCAAGGAACGUUGGUGGUCUUUAACUUAGACCCUGAAGUCUCUUCCAUUGCUCUCAGACAGAUUUUCCAAGUUUACGGUCCCAUCAAAGAGUUGAGAGAGACACCGUACAAGAAACAUCAAAGAUUCGUUGAGUUUUACGAUGUAAGGGAUGCAGCAAAAGCGCUUGAUGGAAUGAACGGUGAAGAGAUUUGUGGGAAGCAAGUUGUGAUCGAAUAUAGCCGACCAGGUGGGAUUAAGAACAAGUUCAGGUCACUAAGGCAACCACAUGUACUGUUUCAACCGUUUCAACCGGCUCAACCACCACCUAUUCUAGCUCCUCCUAUGAGGCAGCCUCUUACUCUGAUGAAGGAUAAAAACAAGAAUGUGAGCCCUAAUAAUGGAGUUUCUGUUGUUGAAGCUUCUAUGGGUUCGUUGUGUAUCAAUGAUAAUGAGCAUAAUAAGAUCCGAGGAGCGGAGUCCGAAACAAAGAGCAAGAACGUGGCUAAGUGGGGAAAGAAAAGACAUAUGAAGAGCAUGGAACUAAGUCAGUUUCUUAUCAGUGAAGAAACCAUGGAUGAUCCAAGUUGCAGAGAUCCACGUACCACUUUGAUGAUCAAGAACAUACCAAACAAGUACAGUCAAAAGCUGCUGUUGAAUAUGCUGGAUAAUCACUGCGUUCACAUCAACGAAGCGAUCACCGAGGGGAAAGACGAACACGAAGCUCAUCAUCAACCAUUUUCUUCUUAUGAUUUCGUGUAUCUCCCAAUGGAUUUCAACAACAAGUGCAAUGUUGGUUAUGGGUUUGUGAACAUGACGUCUCCGGAGGCAGCUUGGAGGCUUUACAAGGCGUUUCAUCUUCAACGAUGGGAGGUUUUUAAUUCUCAGAAGAUUUGCCAAAUCACAUAUGCGAGAGUUCAGGGCUUGGAGGAUCUAAAGGAACACUUCAAGAGCGCCAAGUUCCCGUGCGAGGCUGAGCUUUACCUUCCGGUAGUUUUUACGCCUCCACGAGACGGCAAGCAGCUAACGGAACCGGUCUCUAUCAACAUCAACGGUUGCACCGGACUCGAUAGUAAACAUCUUGAGCCAAUGGACGGUCAAGAUCUCUCUGUGAGUGGAUCAUGUUGCGGUAGUGACCAUUAUAAUAGUCAGGAAGAUGACUUUUCCAGCAGUAGCAUAGACGGUGGACAGGGUUUAACGGUGGUAGGAGAGACAUCUUUCUAGAAACUGUGUUUGUAAUGUAAACCAUAAAAUGUAAGAAGUGUAGUUAGACAUCAUUUUGUUAAGUUUUUGUGCUUGGUAUGUUGUCUCAAUCUAACUUUAUUUGGUUGUUCAUCAACAUCCAGUUUAU